AUGAUCGCACAUAUCGAUUUUGAUCGAGUGUCUGAAUCUACAUCUAGGUCUACAUCUAGGACUGCUAAGAAUGUAUCAAGACUCCAUGCUCAUUUACCCUGGGGGGAAUUCUCAAGCCCCCCGUCAUCUCCUACUGGAAUUCCCUACUCGGAUAUUCAGGUUGAUGCUCUGAGUCAACCAUCCACAGUACUGGUACUUGAUCCUACUAGUCAUGGUAGUACUGACCCGGAGUCAUGGCAUAAAUCACUCUCUGCCGCGUCAUCCGCUGUCAGGGUCCAUACUAGUACCUACCCAGUGGGGGCGAUCUCUCCCAGUCUCAGGCUCGCAUCAGACGAGGAAUCAGAUCCUGAUGUGGAGGUGGCUGCACUCAAGCCGCUUCCUAGCUAUCAAGGAGUAUUGUGUUCAGACAAGGAAUCAAAAAAUCAAAGAGCUGUCGCAAUAAGAACAAACACCAAAGUAGGCCAGGCUUCUUGCACUGCAACUCGUCAGACUUGCAAGAGGAAGAUUGAUAGUAUCGAUGGUGUCGACGCUGAACAUGGUGGUAAAGAGAACAUACCUCUCAGUGAUGCCCCGGCUACUGUCAAGCGUAUCUGCCGGGAGAAAACUGGCACUGACUGGUCAUCGGUCCUCGAUAUUGUUGAGUAUGGUGAAGAGCGGCGCAGGCAGAGCGAAGGUACGGUCGCUCAAGCUGUCACGUCAGUGGCGGAGGAAGAUUUACGGCUGAGUGUAGAAUCAUCGACAGACGAAAAUAGCCGUUCCUUCGCUUAUUUCGUUGAGGGGCAGAUGGAGACUGCAGGAGAGAUUGGCGUGGUACCAGUGCAAGCCGAGAUUGAGCAAGUGGGAUGGGUUGACCAGCGUGAAGCGGGACCUGCCCCGGACGCAUGA